AUGUGGUUACUUUUUUAUUUUGUAGCUGGCAUCGCUUUCCUUCCUUUCCUUUGAACUGUAACCAUGGAGAUAUGCGAAUUGCUGCAGCUGGAGGAUGUAGUUCAAACCACUAAGCUUGGAAACCACCGUGACCAAUACAACUAUUUUGUUUCAGUCAACAAAAAGCUUACUGACCAGAUUUUUAUGUGUAAAAAUAUUGUCGAUCGACUUGUUGAUCCGCCCUGGAACGCAGAUCCAAUGCGGAAAUCCUUUUGGAUACACGCUGCUGGUGGAAUGGCAAUCGAGCGCGCCUCUGAAAUUGCCCUUCAUCUCUGCAAACGAUUUUAUCCUGACCAACUCGACAUGUUUGUCUACACAGAUACUUUGAAUACUGAAGAGGAGCGUAUUCGUGUUACCUCCGAUGGUGAAGUGGUUGAAAGGACUACGUCAGUGCUAAAACCUACUGUUCAUAUUCGAUUAACGGUAGCCGCCUCGUCAUUUCCAAAGGAUUCUCGUUCUUUGCAGUUAAACAUCAAAACUAACGACUGUACCAUCACACACGUUGUCUGA